AUGGAAGAGAAUGGAGGUGUGGAGGAGUGUGUAAAAGCAGGUGAUCCUCGAGGUACAGACGCAGUGAGAGGUGCUUGUAAAGAUGUGGGAUCAGUCAGUAACAUCAUCUUGGAGAUGCGCUUCAACCCCAGUGUGUUCUCCCUAGACGUGACAUUCCCCAAGAGUGACCGUGAGGCUGUGACGCUGCAGGAGAGGCUGAAGCCUUCGUCAUAACGCAACAGAUACCUGCCCUCGUGGAGGCGUGCCUGCAGGUACCUGCAGUGAGAUGCCUAUAGAUGGUGCUAUGCUGAACCAGGCGCUACACCAGAAAGGCAUCAACCUCCAAUGCCUUUGCCAGAACACAAGGACCGGCUCAGACACAUGACGAGGUUGGCUGUGGGAGAUAUUGUGGUUCGUUCCUCCAGAAGGAUCUUCAACAACUUCCUGCAGAGUGUGGAGGUGUCAAGUCUCUCUGCAGUGGAGUCACUUCCUCUGCUGCCUAUUAGUUGCCCACUGCAGCACCACCCCUGCAGGCGAGGAGCCUAAGAAGAGGUCCGGAAGGCGGGGUCGUAGAGGAGCAGCUUCAGACAGCACUGCCUGGAGUGCGCUCAGUGGAGCAGAGCUCAGGAACCUGAUUGGCCAGGACGCAGCAGAGACCUAUGACAUCACUCACAGCCUGGGUUCCACUGCUGACCACCUGGUAGAGACAUAUGGGCUGCAAAAGGUCUCCCUGCUUAGAGAGUUCUGUUUGAAGCCUGGAGUACAGCUGCGACAGAGUCCUUCUUCGACAACCAAAUGAAGGCUUGCAUUGGUCCAGAUGACAUGCUCAACAUCUUCCCCAUUGUCAAGCACGUCACUAUUACGACUCAUGAUGCCUUGCGAGUGUUCUGAGCUUCUCAGAAUAGCGCUCAGAAAGGCGUGAUGGAUCAGGUGUAUGAGUAUCUGAAGGAGGCAGCGUACCUGUUGGGCUGUGUGUGUGACAACCUGAACCCAGAGGGCGGCUCCUGUCUCAGCCUGAUGGCCAGAGUGGCUUACCUACGAGGCCAGCAGUGUCCAGCUCAAGGCUGUGGUCAUCAGUGAGAGAGUCUUGGACGGUGUAUGUGUUCGCUGGAGGAGAGUCUACUCUAGCUCAGAGGUGUCUGUUCAGAGCCUGUCUUCUGAUGAUCACAGUCCAUGGAGAAGACCAUCCCUAUACUGGACAGCUGUCUAGGUUUGGUAUUGCCAAGUGAACAGGCAGGGCAGUUCCUACAGAGUGCGCUCAAAAUCAACACUUCCUUCUUUGGCCCCACUGACGUGUACACCGCUCUCAGCCAGCAUCUGUAGUCCCAGUGGAUGUAUGGAGUGGGAGACUAUCAUUCUGCCAUGAACCAUGAGAAAGUGGCUCUGCCUGCCUUCACCAGCCUGUAUGGUGAGGACCACUCCCAGAGACACUGCAGCUACGAAUUCAGCAGGCAGUGCACGUGGAGCGCUCUCUGAGGCCAGGCGGGGACCCACUCACAGCUGAGGGUCAGUCUCUUUCUCCCUCAGCUGAGACCACUCUGGAGCAGCUGGCCCUGGUCGCAGGCAUCAGGACACCAAGCCACAGUGACAGGCUCCUGGAGUUCAAACAGAAGCUGAUGGAACAGAGAGGCAGAAAGAGCAGCAGAGGAGGCAGCUAA